UCCGGGGAGACCAGAUAUAGUGAAUGCAGGGUCCGGGGAGACCAGAUAUAGUGAAUGCAGGGUCCGGGGAGACCAGAUAUAGUGAAUGCAGGGUCCUGGGGAGACCAGAUAUAGUGAAUGCAGGGUCCUGGGGAGACCAGAUAUAGUGAAUGCAGGGUCUGGGGAGACCAGAUAUAGUGAAUGCAGGGUCCGGGGAGACCAGAUAUAGUGAAUGCAGGGUCCGGGGAGACCAGAUAUAGUGAAUGCAGGGUCCGGGGAGACCAGAUAUAGUGAAUGCAGGGGUCCGGGGAGACCAGAUAUAGUGAAUGCAGGGUCCGGGGAGACCAGAUAUAGUGAAUGCAGGGUCCGGGGAGAGAGCAGAGAUAUAGUGAAUGCAGGGUCCGGGGAGAGCAGAUAUAGUGAAUGCAGGGUCCGGGGGAGAGCAGAUAUAGUGAAUGCAGGGUCCGGGGAGAGCAGAUAUAGUGAAUGCAGGGUCCGGGGAGAGCAGAUAUAGUGAAUGCAGGGUCCGGGGAGACCAGAUAUAGUGAAUGCAGGGUCGGGGAGACCAGAUAUAGUGAAUGCAGGGUCCGGGGAGACCAGAUAUAGUGAAUGCAGGGUCCGGGGAGACCAGAUAUAGUGAAUGCAGGGUCCAG